AUGUCGGCCAAUCUCGACGACUGCAGUAGUAUCAGCAACUUCAUGCGGCAGUACGGUGGCAACCUGGCCAUCAUCCCCGCCUUUGACGAAGUCUAUUGGGAGCUGGACACCUGCACACUGGGCGCGACCAACCGUACGCCAUGCACCAAAGUUGUUCCUUAUGAGUUCUUUGCACCGUACUGCUACAACAUGGUCAGCGAAUGCAUCUAUUAUGGCCGGGACGAAUACUUUGACAUUGAAAGCAAUGGUAUGUCUGCUGCUUUGUUUGGGGGUCCAGCGGCACCCAUCUAUUCUCCGUUGGCUUGCUAG